AUGUCCAAAGCGCUCCCCAAGUCUGUUAUCACAAGUGACCCAGGAAAGGCUUCAUGUCCAAAGCACUCCCCCAAGUCUGGUGCAGUACUGUUGGUCCCAUAUCUCAGGACACAACUAACAGCUAACAAGUUGAAUAUCACAGAUAACCCAGGAAAGGCUUCAUGUCCAAAGCACUCCCCCAAGUCUGGUGCGGUACUGUUGGCCCCAUAUCUCAGGACACAACUGACAGCUAACAAGUUGAAUAUCACAGAUAACCCAGGAAAGGCUUCAUGUCCAAAGCACUCCCCCAAGUCUGUUAUCACAAGUGACCCAGGAAAGGCUUCAUGUCCAAAGCACUCCCCCAAGUCUGGUGCGGUACUGUUGGUCCCAUAUCUCAGGACACAACUAACAGCUAACAAGUUGAAUAUCACAAACAACCCAGGAAAGGCUUCAUGUCCAAAGCGCUCCCCCAAGUCUGGUGCACAAGUUAUCACAAGUGACCCAGGAAAGGCUUCAUGUCCAAAGCACUCCCCCAAGUCUGGUGCGGUACUGUUGGCCCCAUAUCUCAGGACACAACUGACAGCUAACAAGUUGAAUAUCACAGAUAACCCAGGAAAGGCUUCAUGUCCAAAGCGCUCCCCCAAGUCUGGUGCGGUACUGUUGGCCCCAUAUCUCAGGACACAACUGACAGCUAACAAGUUGAAUAUCACAGAUAACCCAGGAAAGGCUUCAUGUCCAAAGCGCUCCCCCAAGUCUGGUGCGGUACUGUUGGCCCCAUAUCUCAGGACACAACUGACAGCUAACAAGUUGAAUAUCACAGAUAACCCAGGAAAGGCUUCAUGUCCAAAGCGCUCCCCCAAGUCUGGUGCGGUACUGUUGGCCCCAUAUCUCAGGACACAACUGACAGCUAACAAGUUGAAUAUCACAGAUAACCCAGGAAAGGCUUCAUGUCCAAAGCGCUCCCCCAAGUCUGGUGCGGUACUGUUGGCCCCAUAUCUCAGGACACAACUGACAGCAUGGUGA